AUGUCUUCAGAAACGGUAGAUGUCGUGAUCGACUCACUCGUCGCCGCCGGCGUUAAGCACAUAUUCGGUGUCCCGGGCGCCAAGAUCGAUAGCGUCUUCAACGCUCUGAUCGACCGUCCUGAGAUCCAGCUUGUCGUCUGUCGCCAUGAGCAGAAUGCCGCCUUCAUUGCCGGAGCGAUCGGCAGGAUCACAGGCCGACCCGGCGUGUGCAUAGCCACUUCCGGCCCGGGAACCAGCAACCUCGUCACCGGCCUUGUGACCGCCAACGAUGAGGGUGCACCAGUCGUCGCCAUCGUCGGCGACGUCAAGCGGGUGCAGGCCGCCAAGAAGACCCAUCAGAGCCUGAGGGGCGUCCAGCUCCUCGAGCCCGUCACCAAAAAGACGACGGGCGCCGUGCACCCCGACCAAAUUUCAGAGAUCAUGCUCGACGCCUUCAGAACCGCCACGGCGUACCCUCAGGGCGCAACAGCCGUGAGUCUACCAAUCGACAUCAUGACUGUCGGGACCAAGACGUCCAUCCCGGCGCUGCCCCCGAGCGCAUUCACCCCGCCCCAGUACGGCACGUCUCCGUCCGCAUCGCUGAGUAGGGCGGCGGCCAUGAUCCAAAACGCAAAAUUCCCAGUCCUGUUCCUCGGAUCGCGGGCGGCUACGCCAGACGCCGUCGAAGCAGUACACGGUUUCCUCCGCAAGCACCCCAUCCCCGUCGUCGAAACCUUCCAGGCGGCCGGAUCCAUCAGCCAGGAGCUUGCCCAUCUCUUCUACGGCCGCAUCGGCCUCUUUCGCAACCAACCCGGCGACAAGCUUCUCUCGCAGGCCGACCUCGUCAUCGUCGCGGGCUACGACCAGUCCGAGUACGACGCCGAUGCCUGGCACAAGAGCCAGAGCCUCGAGAUCUUGCACCUGGACUGGAUCCCCGCCGACUACGGCGCCUUCUACAACCCGAAACUCGAACUCGUUGGCGCCAUCGCCGCCAACAUCAAGGCGCUAGGCGAUAUCCUGGCAAACGUCUCCCGUCCGCAGGAGUCUGAGGUGGCAAAGGCCAUCUUCACAGAGUUUCACGCCUGGGAGCAGAGCCCUCAGGCUCUCGGCCAGACCGGCGACGGUCCUGUGCACCCUCUCUACUUCAUCAAGCUCAUGCAGGGCCUGCUACCCCCGUCGCCGACCUUGGCAUCAGACGUUGGCAGCAUGUACAUCUGGCUCUCGCGCUUCUACUUUGCAUACAGCCCCAAGUCUUUCCUCGUCUCUAACGUCCAGCAAACUCUCGGGGUGGCUCUCCCCUGGGCCAUCGGGGCUUCGCUGGCCCAGGAACCGCCAUGCUCCCGGAAGGUUGUCAGCAUCAGCGGCGACGGCGGGUUCCUCUACAGCGGACAGGAGCUCGUGACGGCCGUCAAGCAAGGGUGCAACAUUACGCAUUUUAUCUGGAACGAUGGAAAGUAUAACAUGGUGGAGUUUCAAGAGGUUGACAAGUACGGCCGCAGUUCGGGUGUCGACCUAGGAGGUGUCGACUUUGUCAAGUACGCCGAGGCGUUUGGCGCCAAGGGAUUACGCGUCAGCCGUUCGUCGGAACUAGAAGCCGUCAUGAAGGAGGCAUUGAACUAUCAAGGAGUGUGCAUCGUCGACGUCGAGAUUGACUACUCCCACAACCACGAGCUUAUGAAGAAUGUCAUCCACGACAAUAUUAGUUAG